AUGUCUUCAUCAUCAGAUCAAGGGCCGCAGCCCAAUCCAACUCAGACUCUCUCAUCCGACAAAGGCACCGAUCUGGAGAUUCUGCCAAUCCAAGAACAAGCAGCACCGAACCACGUCUCAGUGAUCAAAGGGCUAGGAUAUCUCGAUCGUUUCCUCGCACUUUGGAUCCUUCUCGCCAUGGCGGUGGGCAUUCUUCUCGGUAAUUUCGUCGAAGAAAUCGGGCCAGCGCUUCAAAAGGGCAAAUUCGUUGGGGUAUCCAUACCUAUUGCCAUAGGUCUACUAGUUAUGAUGUAUCCCAUCUUGUGCAAAGUGCGCUACGAGACUUUACACCAUCUUUUCCGCACUCGCGCACUCUGGGUGCAGAUCGUUUUCAGUAUUGUCAUGAACUGGGUUAUCGCCCCACUGCUCAUGCUCGGUCUUGCGUGGGCAUUUCUUCCUGAUCAGAGCGACCUGCGAAUAGGAUUGAUACUGGUUGGGUUGGCACGAUGCAUUGCCAUGGUCCUUAUCUGGAACGGGCUUGCAGGCGGCGACGAUGAAUACUGUGCCAUUUUGGUAGCAGUCAACUCUAUUCUCCAAAUGAUACUUUAUGCGCCCCUCGCAAUCCUCUUCAUCAAGGUCAUCAGCCGCGAGACUGGCACCGUCGCUGUCUCCUACGAAACAGUCGCCACGAGUGUCGCCGUGUUCCUCGGUGUACCUCUUGGAGCUGCGAUUCUGACACGCCUUUUGUUUCGCAAGCUGGCAGGUGCGAAGUGGUAUGACCAGGUGUUCCUCAAGUGGCUUGCCCCAUGGUCACUCGUCGGCCUCCUCUACACCAUUCUCGUUCUCUUCGCCUCUCAAGGAAAACAGGUCAUUCAUCAAAUCGUCUCCGUCGUUCGAACCGCCGCACCCCUGAUGGUAUACUUCGUUGCCAUCUUCUUCUUCACACUCUUCGUGUGCAAUAAGCUUGGGUAUGGAUACAAGUUGGGAGCAACCCAGAGUUUCACGGCUGCGAGUAACAACUUUGAGCUUGCUAUCGCUGUUGCCGUCGCGACAUAUGGCCCCAAUAGCGACCAGGCACUUGCCGCCACAGUAGGACCUCUCAUUGAAGUUCCUGUGCUGAUCGGCUUGGUGUAUCUGGUAAAGUGGAUGGGUAGGAGGCCCUCGGCGCCAGUCGCGAAAAGAGCUUGCGACGCGUGCAAGCGUCGCAAAGUCAGAUGUGAUGCAUUGUCAACACCAUGCGCGAAUUGCCGCAUAUCACGCCUCGAGUGCGUUUAUAACAUAGCACCCCAGAAGAGGGGACCAAAGCGCAAGCGGAACGUUACUACACAGCCAACUUUCAGGGUUUCAGAUGGCGAAUCCAUGCGACAAGCCGGUGCGACAGUCCAUCAAAGCGAUGCGCGUCUGAGCAACACAACUUUCAGAUCGUAUGAUCUGCAGGUGUCACUUACAGGUGCUCCUUCGUCAGCGGCGAGGAACUUACAGCCCUCGUCCCAAGUACACCAACAACCCGACCUUGCGCUGCACGGCAUCGCAGACCAAUGUAUCACGUUGUACAUGAACUACCUCUUUCCCAUAUCGCCCACCGUCCAUGAACCAUCAAUCCGUGCCUUGGUACCCUUAUUGCGAGGUAACGGUGGUGAGGAUAUGGCAGUGUUACGCAGUCGCACACUUUUAACAGCAUUGUGCGCUGUUACGGCUCUCACAUUGCCUGUCUCGGUUUUUCCAAUGCGAGAACAAAUUGGACGUCAAUUUCUUACUGCAUCGCGAGAAACGCUGAAGUCGCACGAAGAUUACGACCUGUGGACAAAAGCGUCGAGCAUCAUCAUAAAAUUCGACUCCUUGGAAAUCUGGAACGAAGGCGUCGAGGAUCGAUCUGCCUUGGUCGGUCCGUCUCAUGAAGUCGUCAUCACUGAUUAUCUUGACUUUAUUGCCAUGAUUGAUCAUUGCCGAUUUGACAUCAAGGUACCUGAGACAGUAGAUCCUGAUUCGCCGACAUCGACGCGGAUUCAACGAGCCUUUGAUAUCCAAAGAACGAACCUGUGUGUGACUUAUUAUUGUUUGAAGAUGGUUCUUCUCCAGAGGUUCUAUGAAACAGGAAUAUCCGAACAUCUUGGCGUUAGUGGGACGUCAUACUCGCUUGCAUUGAGGAGGCUCGACAUCGCUAGUGACAUGGUCAGAGUACUAUCAGAGGUCUCUAUCGAGUCUCUCCAAGUGAAUGGGGAGACAUGUGUAGAAAAGAUUCGAAGAAUAGGAGUGACUCUCCUUGAACUAAUCCAGCAAAGUCACAACCUAGCACUAACCGAACGUGCCAAAUCGUUGUUCUUCACCCUUUUAGAUGUCCUCUCGAGACUGGAUUCUCGCGUCUCCGAAGAGCUCGAUUUCAACCGUGGAUUCUGA